CGCUGUGGGAAAAUAUGGAAACUAGUGAAGAAUCUUUCUGUACAUCAUUAAGUUAUACUGGUGGAAAGUGUUAGAGAUAUAAGUCCGUAUACAAGCCAUCCCCAUGCCCGCUGUCGAGCAAACUGACCCCCGUGUCCACCAACAGCGUCUACAAAGCUUCCAGAAAGUUCCAUCAACCCCCAACCCCCCAGCUUCUUACUCUAACCCAUACCCUUCCAACCGAUCAACGAAGAAGGAACCUGUACACCUCCCCUACAAAACUGCGAGCCCAGAUUUCACCGAUCUACCAUCCCAGCAUGCGUCAACAGGUCUCCGAGCAGAUACGUCAUACACCCCAAGGUAUUAUGGAAGGAAUCGACUCCGGGGCUUCCCCAUGGCGGCAUACUAUGGGGCCGACUUCCAUAUAUUUCCCCCCCUACGUCACAGAGCAUCAUCUGAAGGCCGCUACCAUAAAAAUCAACAACAGUUACCUCAACUAUCCGUUGUACCAGCUCUGAAGCACAACCGAGUUCAGCAGCGUCCACACGCGGUUGAAAUAUUUUCCAUUCCACAACCGGUAGUGGUCAAACGAGUUGAGGUUUCGCUCCAUGACGUUCAACAAACAACGAAACGAAUUCGUCCAAAUUCAACGGAAACUCAAGAAAACUCCCCUCACCGGGUAACCCCCGAACCAAAACCAAAGGAACCGACCCCAGUUAGGGAAUCGGGAACAAGUUUCCCCCUAAAGUCGGUAGACCUCAAUAAAGGACUCAAUGCUGCUUCUGCGAUUCGAAAACGCAUGCACAACGAUGCACACGGCGCACAUGGGACGUUGGAGGCCGCCCUGGCCACUAAAUGCGACCCCAACAUUGUCAGCUUGAGCCAUCUUCCUCUUAGAGAAGUUUACCUCCGACCCGACCCCACCACGGGCGCUGAACAAGCCACCAAACGAGACAAAACUAUUCGGAUCCUGCGUUGGUUGAAAGACUUAAAAUAUUUGGAUGAGAAAACACUUCAACGUGGAAGGUCAGAAGUUGAAAGAACUCGAUUCGUUUUACCGGAAAUUAAAGAAAGCGUCGUAACUGCUGCGUUUACGUGAUGCAUGUAACCUAUUUUACCAAGUAUGUAUUACCACAUAUGUAACUUAUUUAUCCUCGCAUGGCGGGGCAACGACAGUCGUUAUAACACGGGUGUUCUGUUUUAUACACCUCAUGUUCGCUUACAAGUUACCACCUAUGUAACUUUGCGGGCGAUUGUUUUCGUAUAUGUUUGUUAUUUGCGUUGAAACUUUUAUAUUGUUAUUCGAGAUUAAAUACAGUUCAAAAUUUCAACAAAAUGUUUCUUGUUGUUUUUUUCUGUAUGGCUGACAACCCAUUAAUCAGACAACACAUUAGUGACCAUUUGAAUGGAGCAAUUACUCUUAAGUGUCUUGUA